AUGAAUGCUUCUGAAAAAGCUCAAGUUGCGUCUAUUGAAAUAGCCGAAAUGAUUGCACAACAAACGAAAUUGCAUACUUUAACCGAGUCGAUUAUCUUACUCGCUUGUAGAAAGAUGGCUAAAACCAUGUUAGGUGAUGAAGCCGAGCAAGAAAUAAGCAAGAUUCCGCUCUCAAAUAAUACAAUUCGUCGGAGGAUUAUGGAUUUAUUUGCUGAUAUAGAAGAUAAACUUCAAAACUCAAAAUUUGCUCUACAGGUUGAUUUAUCAACUGACAUUAGCAACAAAGCACAAUUACAUUUAUUCGCUUUAUUGAUGAUAACCAAAUCGCAACAAAGCACAAUUACAUUUAUUCGCUUUAUUGAUGGUAACCAAAUCAUAAAUUAG